AUGGCGGACUGGGCCCCGGUGUUCAUCGCGCUGGUGCUCUUCGUGCUCCUCUCGCCGGGGCUGCUCUUCCAGGUCCCCGGCAAGAACAGGUUCCUGGAGUUCGGUAACAAGCAGACCAGCGGCGUCUCCGUGCUCUUCCACGCCGUCAUCUACUUCGCCCUCAUCUCCAUCUUCACCCUCGCCGUCCGCGUCCACGUCAUCCUUGGUUGA